AUGACAUCAGAUUCGUGGUCUACUGUGCUGAGUUCAUCUUCACUUAGUAGCAAUGCGUCGGGCGGCUACUCAACCUGUCAAACUCUCUGACGGCACCAUGAUACCAAAGGGCACUAUCGUCAUGGUAGGAAUUGAAAAAUGAGGGUCCUUUCUCUGUUCCGAGAUCCCGUCGGCUUCCAUCAACGACGGUUUACAGAUAUGCGCCAGCAGUCCGGGCAAGAAAAUAAGUGGCAAUUCGUGACAACGUCCCCGGGGUAUCUUUCUUUUGGCCACGGCAAGUACUUAUACCCCGGAAGGGUUUUCGCCGCCAAUGAGGCCACGGUUGUGUUGGUGUAUUUGCUCGUAAGCUUUGAGUGGAAGCUCACAGCGGAGGGCCCCAAAGAUAAAUUCCAAGGAGAAACCGUCCAACACCGGCCCUGAUGCAAAGGCAAUGAUCAGGCUGAGAGAUGAAGAUAUCUGCUUUAAGUCAGUCCCAGCCAUGGGCUUUAGAUUUCGUCGACUCGGU